AUGCACGACGGAGUCUUCUGGAUAUUGAGUACGCAUGGACAGCCAUUCUUUGGAGCUUUGGGCUGUGCGAGUGCCAUCAUUUUCACGACCUUUGGUGCAGCCUACGGAACUGCCAAGUCUGGCGUUGGGAUUUGCUCCUCGGGGAUCUCGAAACCUGAUCUCAUCGUGAAAAACAUCGUUCCUGUUGUUAUGGCUGGUAUUCUCGGGAUUUAUGGGCUAGUCGUCUCGGUCUUAAUUGCGAACAAUCUCGUUCAAAGAACCCCUCUUUAUACAGGCCUACUUCAACUGGGUGCAGGUCUGGCAGUUGGUCUUUGUGGACUAGCUGCGGGCGAAUUUGCUGAUUAUGAUGAAGGUUUGCGAUCGGAAUUGUUGGUGACGCUGGAGUACGAGGAACAGCUCAGCAGCCUCGGCUUUAUGUUGGCAUGA